GUCUCAAAUAAAAUAAUAAAUGAUGAAUCAAAUGUAUAAUUUAUAACAAAUACUGUGAGAAUCACAUCCGCAAAUACAAGUGACCUGAACCGGUAGGCAGUCUGCCACAUUGUGUCACACUGAAGUAAGUCCACACCCUUCACAAACUCUCCCAAAUGGAUGAGGAGGGCACUGCAGUGAGCACACAGUUUCACAAACAGACGCACAUCACUAUGGAAGCGCACUAAAUGAAAACCUGGUUUUUCUGUCAUGUUGCGCGUGGCAGUCGAGUCUGCGGCGGGUCUACCCAAAAAUAAAUUGGGCAGUCCAGACCCCAUCGCAUCUGUGGUGUUUAAAGACGAAAAGAAGAAAACCAAGCCCGUUAGCAGUGAACUGAACCCAGUGUGGAAUGAGACGCUUGAGUUUGAUUUAAAAGGUGUUCCUCUUGAUUCUUCCUCCUACAUUGAUGUGAUUGUGAAAGACUACGAAACUCUUGGCAAAGACAAGUUAAUUGGCUCUGCAAAGGUCUCUUUAAAAGACCUUGCCAGUAGCCAAGUUAAGUCUCUCCCAGUGAAAAACUUGGCUCUAGUGGACGAAAAUGGCAAGAGUAUAGGAGCAACCAUCAGCAUGACGAUUGGCUACGAGCCACCUGCCGGUGCUGUGACAAACCCACAGGACCAACAAGAUGGUGGAAACACAGCGGGGGGUGAAGAGGGAGAUGUCACUGAUGGUGGGGGACGGGGCGCAGUCACAUCUCCUGGGGAGCCCGGCCACAAAAUUCGGUCUAGGACCAGAAAACGCCAUAGUUUGGCUAAUAAACCUCAAGACUUUCAGAUCCGUGUGCGGGUGAUUGAGGGACGUCAGUUGCCUGGAAAUAACAUCAAACCUGUGGUCAAAGUGCAUGUGUGUGGAGAGACACACAGGACUAGGAUCCGGAAAGGAAAUAACCCAUACUUUGAUGAGAUCUUCUUUUUUAAUGUCAACAUGUUGCCCUCUGAACUGUUUGAUGAGGUUGUAAGCUUCCGGGUGUAUAACUCUAAUUCUUUCCGAGCAGACUGUCUCAUGGGUGAAUUCAAGCUCGAUAUUGGUUACAUCUAUCAUGAACCAGCUCACUGUAUUAUGAAGAAAUGGAUUCUCCUGAAUGACCCAGAUGACUCGAGCUCAGGAGCGAAGGGUUAUCUCAAAGUUAGCAUGUUUGUGCUGGGAACGGGUGAUGAACCGCCGGUGGAAAGGAAGGAGCAGGACAAUGACAAAGAUGAUGUGGAGAGUAACUUGCUGCUGCCCGCUGGUGUAGCUCUUCGAUGGGUUACUCUCAAACUCAAAGUGUUUCGGGCUGAGGACGUCCCCCAGAGUAUUACAGUUAUUCCUUAUGCAUAUGUUUUCCAGAGCUUUUUGGGGAGAUAUUCAGAUCAUCAAACUAAUAAUUACUACUACCUGCCCUGGGCCGACACCAAGCCUGUGAUUGCCAUCACAUCCUUUUGGGAGGAUAUCAGUCACCGGUUAGACUCACUGAACACCAUUCUGUAUAUAUCUAACCGUUUGCAAACCAACCUCAGUGCGUUAAAAUCUGCAGUACAGUCCAAAGCUACAGAUGCAAGGCUAGUAGAAAUCUGGCUGAAGCUCAUCAAUCAGUUAAUGGAAGACAUCAGCAGUUUCAGAAUUCCUGACAUGGAGGGGAAGCCCAAUCUCACAGCCCUGGACAUCCAGCAAAAGAUGUUACGGGACCGUGCUCUGGAGAACAUCAUGAAGGGAGCAAAACACUUGUUUGAGGAAGCCACAGAUGUUAAUAAGUGCUUGAGCAUCAUUGAAGGCUGGCUGGACAAACUCAAGCAACUCGCUGAGGAGCCUCAGAACAGCAUGCCUGAUGUGAUUAUCUGGAUGUUGAGAGGAGAGAAGAGGGUAGCAUACACUCGCAUCCCAGCCCAUCAAGUGCUCUAUUCAUCCUACAGUGAGCAGGCAUGUGGUCAAUACUGCGGGAAGACCAAGACUAUCUUUAUGAAGUAUCCCAUGGACAACAAAAAAGGUUUGAAAAUUCCCGUCCAGUUACGUGUGAACAUGUGGCUUGGGCUGGCAACAGAAGAGAAGAAGUUCAAUCAUUAUGCAGAGGGAAUUUUCAAUGUAUUUGCAGAAUUGUAUGAGAACCAGGCUCAGGUUCUAGGGAAAUGGGGCACCACUGGUCUGCUGAGUCGUAGCAAGUUUUCUGAUGUCACAAGCAAAGUGAAGCUGAAGCAGGAGUAUUUUUUGCCCCCGGUUGGCUGGGAGUGGGAGGGUGACUGGCGGGUUGAUCCAGAGAAAACUCUGCUGACUGAGGCUGAUGCAGGACACACUGAGUUCGUGGAUGAGGUCUAUGAGAACGAGACUCGAUUACCAGGAGGAGAAUGGAAGCUUGCGGCAGAGCCUUACACUGACGUGAAUGGAGAAAAGGUUCAGGGACCUACAGAGAUUGAAUGCCCACCUGGCUGGAAGUGGGAGGAUAUCUGGACUUUUGAUGACAACCGAGCUGUCGAUGAAAAGGGUUGGGAAUAUGGUGUCACUAUUCCACCUGAUGAUAAGCCCAAAUCCUGGGUGGCAGCGGAGAAGAUGUACCAUGUUCAUCGUCGCAAAAGAAUGAUCCGACCUCGCAAAAGGAUUCCUGGUGCCAAAACUGCUGAAAGGAAGGAUACAGGAGAUGCAGAGGGAUGGGAAUACUCCUCACUCAUUGGCUUGAAGUUCCACAGGAAGCAGCGAUCAUCUGACACGUUCCGGCGGCGGCGCUGGAGGAGGAAGAUGACACCUGCUGAUCGGGUUGGAGCCUCAGCUAUUUUCAAACUGGAAGGAGCUCUGGGAGUCGACAUGGAAUCUAAGGGUGAUGAAAAAGGCACUAAAGCAGAAACUUCCGUUAAGCAGUUUGGAGCCAACACACCGACAGUAUCAUGCACAUUUGACCAAUCCAACACGUACCACUUGAGAGUCUAUGUUUACCAGGCCAGAAACCUUACUGCUCUGGACAAAGACAGCUUCUCAGAUCCAUACGUCCAUGUGUCAUUCUUACAUCACAGCCAAACAACAGAGACAAUCCGAAGUACCUUGAACCCGACAUGGGAUCAGACUCUUAUUUUUAAAAAUGUGGAAAUCUGUGGCGAUCCCCAGUCUCUUGCCCAGAAUCCACCGAUUGUGGUUAUGGAAAUCUUUGACAGUGAUCAAGUGGGUAAAGAUGAAAUGCUUGGCAGAAGUACUUGUGUACCUAUUGUGAAGUUGACUUCAGGCAUGGAUGCAUCUCCUAAACUCCUCUGGGAGCCUGUAACACACAAAAAUGGUCCUGCUGGGGAGAUUCUGGUGGCUGCAGAGCUCAUUCUGAAGACCAGGGGAAAUGACACUGAACUUCCCCUUAUUCCCCCCAAACGAGGAGAGAAACUCUAUAUGGUUCCUCAAGGGGUGCGACCUGUGGUGCAACUCACUGCCAUAGAGGUUCUAGCAUGGGGAUUGCGUAACGUGAAGACGUAUCAGCUGGCUCCUGUGACGUCACCCAGUCUGGUGGUGGAGUGCGGAGGAGAGAGCGUUCAGACAGCUGUUAUCAAAAACAUGAAGAAGUGCCCUAAUUUUGCAGGAAAUGUACUCUUAUUAAAAGUGCUUCUACCCAAAGAAGAGAUGUAUACUCCCCCUAUAGUGCUGAAAGUCAUCGACCACAGACCCUUUGGACGGAAACCUGUGGUGGGUCAAUGCACCAUCAAUUUCCUGGAAGAGUUUCGAUGUGACCCUUAUGCCACAGUUGCAGAAGUGGCCAUGUCUUCAAAAGUGGCUUUGAUGGCAGCUUCUCCUAGAGACCUCCAUGUAAACAUAGAUGACGGCAGACAGCAUCUUCUAGAAGCCCAGCGUGAGAAGGAGAAAGAGACUGUUGAUUGGUGGAGUAAGUUUUAUGCUUCUGUUGGGGAGAGUGAGAGAUGCCGCCCAUACCUUGACAAAGGUUAUGACACAUUGGAGGUAUAUGACCAUGAGCUUGAAAGUGCAAAAGAGUUCAUGGGUCUUACUGAUUUCUGCAGCACCUUCAAAUUGCAACGUGGUAAAAAUGAAAGUGACGAUGAUGAUCCCGCUGUAGUUGGAGAAUUCAAGGGCUCCUUUAAGGUGUACCCAUUGCCAGAUGACCCAGGGGUGCCCCCUCCGCCACAACAGUUCAGAGAGCUGCCCGACAGUGUCUCUCAGGAGUGUGUGGUCAGAAUCUAUGUGGUUCAAGCCAUCGACCUGCAACCCAAAGACAACAACGGCAAAUGUGACCCAUAUAUCAAAAUCUCUUUGGGGAAAAAGUCUAUUGAUGACAGGGACAACUAUGUACCAUACACACUUAACCCAGUGUUUGGAAGAAUGUUUGAACUGACAUGUUUCCUCCCACAAGACAAAGAUCUGAAAAUUGCCAUCUAUGACUUUGAUUUGCUCAGCCAUGAUGAGAAAGUUGGGGAGACGGUGAUUGACUUGGAGAACCGUCUUCUUUCUCGCUUUGGUUCCUACUGUGGUUUAGCCCAGACAUACUGCAUUUCUGGACCAAACCAUUGGCGUGAUCAACUCAAUCCAUCUAAGAUUCUUGAACAGCUUGCCCGAUGGAAAGGAUUGAGUCCACCCAGGAGCGAAGACAAUGGAAACACGUUAACCUUUGGUGGCCGAUUGUACUGCCUCUCUGACUUGGUUGUCCUAUAG